UUCUGACCUCAUCACCUUCCUUGCGUUCGAUGAUUUUCGCAGGGAACCCUGUGCUUUCCGGUCACUUUCGACUCAUGGUUUCCGUGUUUCAUGGUCAUGGCCAAUACUAUCACAAAACUUUGCAAUUAUUCUGCGUCUCAUUAUAUUCUUAGGUGAGUGGCUGUUUAACAACUACUGACUGGAUCUCUGUAUGAACUUGCGACAUAUGGGCAACGUAUUCACGAUGGUCUCAGACUCAGCUGGCCGCAUUCAUAUAAGCGCCUGUCGAGGCGAUUUCUGAACCAUCUUCAAGAAGACAUUUUCGUCCAUCCUGUGAUUCGAACGUGUUGCACCUCAUGAUGAUGCAAAAUGCCGGCAGAUUCUCUUCUUGCGUCGCUUCAGAUGUCCUCCGUGAAUAAGGUGCAUUAUGAGUUUCCAUGCUGACCCACUGAUAUCAAUCCUCCCUCCCUUGAUCGAAUACUGAGCCCCAGUUUGAGCACCUCAACGAUGUAGCCUAUACACCAUGCAUAACAGAUGGCGCGUACGUUUCUCAGAAACAUCGAUAUAUAGUUGAUUGCGAGUGCUCUCCUCGUUGUACUCGUUUGAGUAGUUGGAUUUUUCGUUUCUUACUUAUUGACCACACCGUGUCGCCUUGCAGAAUGCACAAAGAGCCAAUUCAUAAACGACUCUUGUUCAACAACAUUCCCGCUUCUUGCCAAAAACUAGCUUCAGGUCAAGACCACUCCAUUGUGUCCCAAAAUGACAAGUUUUCACUGAGAAUAGAUCUACCCUUUCCAAAGGGCCUCUCUCCUCAACUUUCGAGCUGUCUCUACGAAAUCAUCCAUGGACAACGCACCUCGCCUCCUUCACCCACUUCGCCUCCUUUGCCCCCUCCAGUUACUCAUAUCCCUCCUUCCCCUUCCCCUUCCCCUUCCCCUUCCCCUUUGACAACCGUGUUGGACACCUCUACGAAGACCACCAACACUCCGACACCUCCAUUCUCGCUUGGUGCGACACCCACAGCUUCGACUCCUCAGGCUUCUGAUAUCCCGAUACAGAGCACUCCUUCUCCAACCGCUGCGUCCAAUUCUUCUACCAACGACUCUACCUAUACUGGCAUUGAACCAGCUUCUUCCGGACCUCCGGAACCGUUUGGCCAACCACAGCCAAACCUCGACUCGCAGGCGUCUGUUGACGAACAUGCAUCCGUCACUACAGCCUCUGAUAGUCAACUUGAAAUUACAUCCACGACCUCGGACACAUUGAGAAGCCUCUCAACGCAACCAGCACCAAGUUCAAGUAGUGGGGCAGCUACAUCUUCCCAGUCGCACGUUAGCCUGAGAGGCGGGGCCAUAGCCGGGAUUGUUGUUGGUGUUACUAUUUUCCUCAUUAUUGGUGUCGUCUGCGUUUUCGCAAGACGAAGGAAGAAAAUACUGCAAAACAGAGGGAACACCACUUUGCUGCGAGAAUCGAGCGUAUCAUCCCACUGGCCUGAUUACUUAGUAAAGCCCCCUUCGCCCAAUGUAGACAUGAGGGAGACCCAAGGCCCACGCGUUAUGUCUAGACUGUCUUACAACGCCGAUCCUGCAGAUGCAGAUAAUAUUUCGACACCCUCGUCCUCUGGAUGCACAACGACAAGGCAUGUCACCGAUGUCCUUGACCCCGGAGUUUAUUCUCCUUUGACAUCGACUAUUGCCGGCACCCCUUCGAGUACACCCGAUCUUGCAUAUGCACAUGAGUGCGGUGGAUAUAAUUCCAGUGUCUCAACCUUUCUCUCAGAGAGUCCCGGUGGUGUCGGCAUUGCCUGGUAGUUGUGGUCAUAUUGGUAGAAGCAAAACCUUCAAACAUCCCUCGCGAUAUUCAUCCCACAUAUACCCAUCCGUGACAAAAGAUUCGAUUACGACGUAAGGACGAUAACUUAUAUCAG